AUGGACGCCCUCCGCUCCGCCCUCCAGCCCGUCACCCACAACCUCCCGGCCCCGAUCCGUGACCUCGGCGUCUCCAUCAUCGGCGAGCACUGCUACAAGUCCCUCCUCCUGGACAUCAAUGUCGAGGACACGGAAUGCAUCAAGCUUGGCCUCUCCAAGGGCAUUGGCCUGGGCAUCGUCGGCGUCUCGAGCAUCGUCAAGCUCCCGCAGAUCCGCAAGCUCACAUCGUCGCAGUCGGGCGAGGGCAUCUCCGUCCUCUCCUACCUCCUCGAGACCGUCUCGUACAUCAUCUCGCUGGCCUACAACUACCGCAACCAGUUCCCCUUCAGCACCUACGGCGAGACGGCGCUCAUCAUGGGCCAGAACGUCAUCAUCACCGUCCUCGUCCUCAACUACACCGGUCGCGCGGGCCUGGCCGCCGUGUUCGUGACGGCGCUGGCCGUGGCCGUCGCGACGCUGUUCAGCGGUGGUCUUGUCGACAUGCAGAAGCUGGGAUACCUGCAGGCCGGCGCCGGCGUAUUGAGCGUUGCUAGCAAGGUGCCUCAGAUCCUUGCGAUUUGGUCUGAGGGCGGUACUGGACAGCUCAGCGCUUUUGCCGUCUUCAACUACCUCCUCGGUUCCCUCUCCCGCAUCUUCACCACCAUCCAGGAGGUCGACGACAAGCUCAUCCUCUACAACUUCAUCGCCGGCUUCCUCCUCAACGCCGUUCUUGCGUCGCAGAUGGCCUACUACUGGAACGCUCCGUCCGCCAAGGCCAAGGGCAAGCAGAAGGUCCCCAUUGAGGCCAGCCCCAUCUCUUCCGGUUAUUCGACUGCGACGCCCAAGACCAAGGCGCCUACCACGCGCCGCCGCGGUUGA